CACCAUUGCUUCUCACUCAAACGAUCACUCACAAACACAGAACAAUAUAUACAACUCACAAAAACAAAACACAAAAGUGUUUAAAAUUUCAUUUGCAAAGACAAAGAUGGCACUUGAGAUCAACAACAAACUCACCGGAGGUUUCGCUAACAGGGGAGAAAAGAGAGCUUAUGUGACUUUCCUGGCCGGGAACAAAGACUUCGUGAAAGGAGUGGUGGGUCUUGCUAAGGGGCUAAGGAAAGCUAACAGUAACUAUCCACUCGUGGUGGCUGUUUUGCCGGAUGUCCCGGAGGAUCACCGGAUACAGUUGGUGGAACAAGGCUGUGUCGUUAAGGAGAUUGAGCCGGUUUACCCACCGGUUAAUCAAACCGUGUUUGCCAUGGCUUAUUACGUUAUCAACUACUCUAAGCUGCGUAUAUGGAAGUUUGUGGAGUACAGCAAGAUGAUAUACUUGGACGGAGACAUACAAGUGUUCGAGAACAUAGACCACUUGUUUGAUCUCCCUAACGGCCAAUUUUACGCAGUCAAGGACUGUUUCUGCGAGAAGACAUGGAGCCACACGCCACAGAACAAGAUUGGUUAUUGCCAACAGUGUCCAGACAAGGUUAUAUGGCCAGAGGCAGAGCUUGGUCCCAAGCCGCCUUUGUACUUCAACGCCGGUAUGUUCGUCUACGAGCCUGACCUCUACACUUAUCAUAACCUCUUGGAGACUCUCAAAGUCGUGCCUCCCACUCCUUUUGCUGAACAGGAUUUCUUGAAUAUCUACUUUAAGGACAUAUACAAGCCAAUACCAGGAAUUUACAAUUUGGUUAUGGCUAUGCUUUGGAGGCAUCCAGAGAAUGUAGAGCUUAACAAAGUCAAAGUUGUUCACUACUGUGCUGCUGGUUCUAAGCCUUGGAGAUUCACUGGAAAAGAAAUAAAUAUGGAUAGAGAAGACAUCAAGAUACUGGUUAGGAAAUGGUGGGACAUUUACAAUGACGAAUCUCUUGAUUACAAGAACAUUAUUGGUGAGAAAGGAGGAGAUGGCCAUAGGAAUCAGCUUGUUGAAGCUUUGUCCGAGGCUGGUGUGCUUCAGUAUGUCAAAGCUCCAUCUGCAGCUUAGACACCAUAUAUAAUUAUCAAAGCGUUGUUGCUGCGCUUCUUAUAACUUUUUUUUUUCUUUUUGUUUUGUUCAAAAGCGCUUCUUAUAACUAUAUGGCUAUAUAUUUGCUAUCGGUUGAAACUUUAUUUUAUAGGACUAAAUAGUUCUUAGGGGAUUGUGUUACAACUUUGUUUAUUGUUGGAACGGUCUUAAAGUCUCCAAAAUCCGGUUUCUAGUUACGAUACUCUCUUCUUGAGAAGAAACAAUGUAAUACAAAUUUGUAAAGUAUACUUAAUAUGCCGACAAAAAAAAGUAUACUUAAUAUAUACAUGAG